CCGAUGGAUCUCUUCCCUUGUUCUCCUUCUUAUUAUUUGCUUUAAUUUUUUUUUACCGUCGGCCUAUUGCGGCUGUAUCCGGUGGGCGAUCCAGCAAUAGUCAUGGAGCAGUACCACCAGCACCAACUAGCCCAGAUUAAAUAAGUAGGACAUGCCUGUUCAAUUCCCUCUCGCAGCGCUGCUGCUUUCACCUGGAGCCGCAGGCGAUCUCAACACCAUCCCGACGGCCCCCUUCACAGCCGCCUCUCCGGCCAAGUUUUACGACUUUGAAAACAUCCACAGCAUCAUUGUGGACGCCAAAUAUGCCAGCGCAAAAGACGAACAGGGCUCGACGCUCAUCCCGCCCACCCUCCUCGAGUUUGCCAACACCUUCGCCAAGGACCUCAAGGAUGUUCACGGCUACAACAUCCCCGUCAAGCAGGGCAGCAGUGGCUCCAACGCCAUCUACCUGACCAUCGACAAGACUGGCAAGUAUCUGGAUGCCGCUGGCCGUCCUACAUCAGAGGGAUACACCCUCACGACCAACUCGUCUGGUGUCUUUAUUGAAGGUGCCAGCCCUCUUGGAGCCUGGUGGGGUACGCGUACCGUCCUCCAGCAAGCUACCAUCAACAAUGCCGACAUAGAUACUGUGGGCGUCCCCUACGGCCGCGGCCAGGACAGCCCUGGCUGGGCGACUCGUGGCAUGAUGCUUGACGGCGGCCGUGCAUACUACUCGCCAUCCUUCAUCAAGGAGAUUUGCUCGUACAUGAGCUACUUCAAGCAAAACGUCUUCCACCUGCACCUGAGCGACAACCUCAACACCGACCCCAAGUUCUCCAAGCAGCAGACCGACGACCUCGGCGCCUGGUUCCGCCUCUGGUCCGACAACAAGGACCUGGCAGGCCUCUCCUCGCCACGCAACGAGUCCUACACGCGCGAGCAGUUUGACGACUUCCAGUCUCACUGCGCUUCUCGCGGUGUCACUGUGCUUCCUGAGAUUGAGGCACCCGGCCACGCGCUGCGCAUUGUCCGUUGGCGCCCUCAGAUUGCGUACCCCGGCGACCAGUCGCUGCUCAACAUCAAGCACAAGGACACACUGCCCUCCCUGCAGCUCAUCUGGAAGGAGUUUCUGCCCUGGUUCAAGAGCAAGGUGGUGUCAAUUGGCGCCGACGAGUACACGGGCCCGGCUGAGGACUACAACUACUUUGUCAACGAGAUGAACAAGUUCAUCAAGGCCGAGUCGGGCAAGGCAGUGCGCAUCUGGGGCACGUUCCCGCCCAAGUCGUCGUACAAGAACAACAUCAGCAAGGACGUGUCCGUGCAGCACUGGGAGUACUUUGAGGACAACCCUCUCAAGGAUUACAUCCAAAACGGCUACGACGUGGCCAACUCCAACGACAACCUCUACGUGGUCAGCAAGUGGUCCGCCAGCUACCCGCAGCACUUGGACAUAAAACAGACCUUCCACAGCGACCCUGCCAACAAUGGACCCUGGUACCCCAACAUCCUGAACCAGAAGAAGGUCUCUGACAAUGCUGCCAAGGAUGAGAAGCGCGUGCUUGGUGCAAUUGCCCCCAUCUGGAACGACUUUGGCCCCAACGCCACGACCCAGCUCGAGUCCUACUACGCUUGGCGCGACAGCAUCCCUGCCUUUGGCGACAAGUACUGGGGCGGCAGCCUGACCGCAGAUGCCUUUGACAAGACCUUUAGCAAGCUGAUCCGCAACAUCCCCGCGCAGAACCUCGAUCGCCAUAUCGAGUCCAAGGGCACCACAAUUCUGGAUUACUCCUUUGCCAGCGGCGUCUCCGGUGGCGUGGUUCGUGACACCUCGGGCAACGAGUACCACGGCGAGACAAAGUGCCGGGUCAAGGAUAAUGCACUUCAGUUGACGUCGGACUGCUCGCUGGACACGCCGCUGAGCUCCAAGGGCCGCGACUACACGCUGACUAUGGUCGUCAAUAUUGCGGGUGUGCAGGGCGAUGCCAACGACGCUACCUUGGUUGAGGGCCGUGACACGAUCCUCAAGCUGACGCCCAACCUGACCUUUAACACCAACGGCAACUAUUACCGCACCAGCCUGGCCGUGCCGCGAAACGAAUGGGUCGAGAUAAAGAUCACUGGUAACGGUGACCGCACGUAUGCUUCGGUGGCGCGUGUCGGUGGUAACGCCAACCAGGAGGAGUUUAAGACCAAGAUGGGUAUUCACCACGAGAGCAUCCGCUACGAAAAGAUGGCCCUCGAGGCGCCUUUGGAUAGUGUGAAUGGAUGGAAGGGCCAGUUGCGUUCGUUUAAGCUGGAAAACAAGGCUUAAACACACAGAACAGUAGACAUGGAGACGAGGCCGAAGUGUCAUAUAGAAAUGGUUUAAACUUGGGUAUUUAUGUAAAUAU